CUGAAACUGCAGGUAGCGAUGUGGUUCAGGUUAUUGCAACGCUUCCCUGACGAAUUGCACUUGAGCCCUUGCCUUAUUUAAGACAAUAUCAUCUUCUCAUUUAAGAGGGAGUAAAAGAUAUUUAGCCACUAAUCAACUGGAAGUUAGCCAUUGUGUAACCAUGUGUGGAAUAUGGGCUCUCUUUGGAAGUGAUGAAUGUCUGUCUGUACAGUGCAUUUAUUGUAAAAAAAACUCUCACUGGAAACGGGCUUAAAAGUAAUUCCGAGGUCCUGAUGCGUUUCGAUUUGAAAAUGUGAAUGGAUUUACUAAUUGCUGCUUUGGAUUCCACCGACUCUCAAUUGUAGACCACUUAUAUGGUAUGCAGCCUUUGCGAAUUAAGAAAUACCCCCAUCUGUGGUUGUGCUAUAAUGGAGAAAUAUACAACUUUCAUCAGCUGAAAAAGUAUUUUGGAUUUGAGUACCAGACAGAAGUGGAUGGAGAGGUACUUCUUCACCUUUAUCACACAACAGGAAUUGAAAAAAUGGCUUCCUUCUUGGAUGGUGUGUUUGCAUUCAUACUGUUGGAUACAGCUAGUCGCAAGGUGUUUUUGGGAAGGGACACAUAUGGUGUUCGACCUUUGUUUAAGCUACUUACUGAUGAUGGAUUUCUGGCGGUGUGCUCAGAGGCAAAAGGACUCAUUAACAUUGUGCAUUCUAUGGCUACAUCUCCUGAAAUCAUUCCAUUCCCCCCUGGGCACUAUGAAGUAUUUGAUAUGAAAGCAAAUGGAAAAGUUGCAUCCAUGGAACUAGUCAAAUUUCAUAACUGUAAGGAUGAGCCUCUGCAUAUGGAGUAUGACUCUUUAGGCAAACUGCCCACAGAUUUUGACUUGGAUACUAUUAAAAGCAACAUUUGCAUCUUAUUUGAACAUGCUGUGGAAAAGCGCCUCAUGGCUCAGAGGAGAAUUGGCUGUCUAUUGUCAGGAGGUUUGGAUUCCAGCUUAGUAGCUGCACUAUUGGUUAAAUUUGCUCGAGAAAAGAAAUAUAAAUAUCCUAUCCAAACAUUUUCAAUAGGAAUGGAAGACAGUCCAGAUGUAAAGGCUGCUCGAUUGGUGGCAACUCACAUUGGCAGUGAACAUCAUGAAGUAAAUUUUACAACCAAAGAAGGCCUUCAGGCAGUUGAGGAUGUGAUUGUGUGCUUAGAAACCUAUGACAUCACAACUGUGAGGGCAUCAGUUGGGAUGUAUCUAGUGUCAAAGUACAUCCGGGAAAAAACGGAUAGCACUGUGAUUUUCUCUGGAGAAGGUUCAGAUGAACUUACACAAGGCUAUAUUUAUUUUCAUAAAGCCCCUUCACCAAAAGAAGCUGCAGAAGAAAGUGAACGUCUGCUGAAGAGUCUUUACUUGUUUGAUGUUCUGCGUGCAGACAGAACAACAGCUGCUCAUGGUCUUGAAUUAAGAGUGCCAUUUUUGGAUCAUAGAUUUACUUCUUACUAUUUGUCCCUGCCAGAAGAUCUGAGGAUUCCCAAGAAAGGUAUUGAGAAGUAUCUGUUGAGGGUUUCCUUUCAAGACAAAACCCUUCUUCCUGAAGAAAUACUUUGGCGAAAAAAGGAAGCUUUCAGUGAUGGCAUUGCAUCAGUUAAGAAGUCCUGGUAUACUUUACUGCAAGAGCACAUAGAUAGCCAGGUAAGUAGCAGCCAGUUGGAAAAAGCUGCUGAAAAGUUUCCCUUCAACACCCCAAAAACAAAGGAGGCCUAUUUCUAUCGAGACAUCUUUGAGAAGUAUUAUCCAGGCCGGGAGAAGUGGCUUCCUUAUUACUGGAUGCCCAAAUGGAUCCAUGCCACAGAUCCUUCUGCCCGCACCCUUCAGAUAUACAAACGGAAAAGAAAAACGAUGGAUCAGGAAGAAUCUACUUAUUCUGAUUAACAUCUGCACUUGUUCCAGUGUAGAUGAUUUAAUUCAAGUUCCUUCUGCUUCCCAACAAUUUGUUAUUGAUUCAUCUGGGCUUAGUUUUAAAAUGUUAUUAUCACGUAUUGGAAAAAAAGCACAGUACUAAAUUAAUGUGUUCAUUCUUUCUUUCUUUCUUUCUUUCUUUCUUUCUUUCUUUCUUUCUUUCUUUCUUUCUUUCACCUAAGCAGUAUCUGCAGAGGAGUUUGCACAUUCUCCAAGUGUCGUCUUCAGUACUCUGAUUUUCAUUUCAUAUUCCCUUAGAUGUGUGUGUUACUGCAUAAGACUGGCAUGGUGAAACUAAUUGCAAACUCCCAUCAAUAACGUUAACAGCUGAGCUGUGCCUUUAAAUUGAGUAUCUGAAACAGUGUACAGACACCCCGCACCUCCUCAGGUUGAUUCUGUACUGGUAAAUCUCCCAGACGUCUGUCAGGUUCAGGUUUAUACAGUGUACUUCACUUCAUAAUUCUCAUGACACAGUACAUAUUUAAGUUUUUUUCACCUUGCUCUGAAAUAUAACACUUUAGUUUUUGGUGAAAUGUAAGUUUCCCUGUAGACUUAAGUUUACUGGAACUACUCUAGUGUUUGUACCAGUAAUAGAUCAUCCUUGAAUUUAGAAUAUCUAUUCAAUUUGGAGCAACAGGAAAGCUAAUUUUGAACAAUUUUGUACUUUGAGGAAGAUCAUGAUUUCAGAUGACCCAACUCAUAGAUAUUAAGAAAGACUAAACCUAAAACUUUGUAACUCCAUCCUGUGUUGAGGUGUGUUGUGUAAGCAGUUAAUAGAUAAUGCAGUUUUCACUCUAUUCUGUCUGCACUUCGUGUUUGUUGUUGCAGGGCAGUAGCAAUUACUCGGCUGUUAACACAUUUAACCUUUUCAGCCUUAAUAUUUAUAUAACAUCUGAUUAGAAAUGAUUACAUUAGAGGGUCAGCUCAAUUUGGACGGUUGGGAGACAAAGUCAGAGAGGCGAGAUUGCGUUGGUUUGGACAUGUGCAGAGGAGAGAUGCUGA